ACUGUCGUCCACGGCGAAACCGCAUCAGGACACCACAGCCUCCUCCGUGCGAGCGAGACGGCAUCGUCUGCGGGCAGCUGAGUCGUUCGUGCCGGCCGGGGCAGCGCCUGCCUGCCUGCGCUGCGCACGUGCUGCCUGCUCCUAUCACCAUCGGCCUCUUCCGCGCCCCGCCCUCUCCGUUUUGGUUGCACUUGCAAGGAACGAAAUUUUUUCCGAUUUUUCUUGGGGCUUUGUUUGCAACCGCCAACCGCGACAGAUCCUGCAAUACUAUGCCAGGAAAAAAAAAGUUACUAAAAAAAGAGAGGGUUGGAACCACAGUUGUGCACCUGUGCUUCCGCUGCGCACGGAGAUGUCCUCUGUCUGUCUGUGCUGCGUGGCAUGUGAACCACUGAACCCUCUGCGUGACUGCAUCUCCUCUGUUAAGCGCGCAUAGCUAGAAAUCGCUGCCACCGUUUCCCGUUCCUGCUCCCUUGAAUCGCGCAGCUCGCCUCAGCCCAGCCCACCGUCCUCAAGCUCUCUACACUACACCCUCCUCUCUCUCUUCACCUCACCCCAACUCUCUCUUUACCUCCUGCUCGCUUCCAUUCUUUCCUUGCAGUUGCAGCGCUCUUUCCGUCACACUUCACUGCCAUCUUUUGCUCCAUCGAUCCAUCCCACUGCUGAUCAAAGGAGGCCUGGACUCGGACUUCGCUCAAGCCUCACGGUGAUGCCGCCUUUCCGUCCGCUUGAUCUUUUCUAGCUGCCUGCCUACGCCUACGCCUACCCGCAAUGGCCGGGGGCUUCGAGUGGAGCAGCUCUGCAAGCACAACCAGAGGAGUCGAGCUCCAGCAGUCCAUUGUCGCUCUCAAGAAAGGCGCACAUCUCCUGAAAUGUGGGAAGAGAGGGAAGCCCAAAUUCUGCACUGUCAGGCUGUCUUAUGAUGAGAGAGCACUAAUAUGGUACUCCAAAGAGAGGGGAAAACGUUUGAGCUUGAAUUCAGUGUCCAGUGUAGUUCUCGGACAGAAGACUACAAAACUUUUGCGUCUACAUUGGCCAGAAAAGGAAUCUCACUCCUUGUCAAUUAUAUACAAGAACGGUGAAUCCUCACUUGACUUGGUCUGCAAAGAUAGGGAUCAAGCUGAAUGCUGGUACUUAGGCCUUACAGCCGUAAUAUCAGCACCAUGCACCCCUUUACUUCUGAUUGAUUCAACAAACAGCCGUCGGAUAAACAGCUGCACGAAUAGCCCUCCUAGCUAUAUUCAGCAAAGGAGUAGGCUUUUUGCUGUGCAUGAUGGAAGAAAUUUCCCAAAGGUAAAUUCGCUAUAUGGCAGUCCUAGGUUGAUACAGAACAAGUAUCUGCGUAACAAUUUGGAUUGCUCCGAACCAUUCUUUUCUCCAAGACAGAGAGCAUGGUCAGAACUAGAUUUCUACUUGGAAAAGAUUAGUCCCGAAUUGGUAGAUCGAGUAAAAAAUAAUUUGAGAGACAUAAAAUCUGCAGAAAUAAUUAACGACCAAAGAAUUAUGCAAAUACCUAAGCUCAAACAAUCUGAGGGAUCCAAUGCAGCAGCAGAUUCUCUGAAGGACAUUUUUGUCUGGGGUGAUGCUCUGGGUCGUAUGUCAGAUCAUGGACAUGUAUCAGCAAGCAAUAUAUCACUUCCAAGGUUAUUGAAAUCGUCAGAGAUUCUUGAUGUGCAGAGCAUUGCCUGUGGAGAGAAACACGCAGCAAUAGUUACUAAGCAGGGUCAGGUAUUCUCUUGGGGUGAGGAAAAUGGAGGGAGACUGGGACACAAGACAAGUGACAGUGUCUCUGACCCUAAAAUCAUCGACUCACUUUCCUCCACGCCUGUGAAGACUAUUGCAUUUGGGGCAAAGUUCACCUGUGCAGUUUCAGUUUCAGGAGAACUUUAUGAGUGGGGUGAAGGGAUUGACAGCCUAGGGUUCGGGACCAAUCAGUGUCAAAGAAGCCCAUGGUUCCCGCAUAAAUUGAUCAGAACUUCAGAUGGCAUAUCUGUGGCGAAGAUUGCAUGUGGUCAGUGGCACACAGCUAUAGUAUCCUCCACAGGUAAGCUGUUCACAUAUGGACAUGGAGCAUUUGGUGUUCUUGGACAUGGUGACACACGUAGUUUUGUUCAGCCGAAAGAAGUGGAGUCCUUGAGAGGGUUAAGAGUCAAGUCCGUCGCAUGUGGACCAUGGCACACCGCUGCUAUUGUGGAAACAUCAGGAACACUCAAGAGCAAUGCUCCUGGUGGGAAGCUGUUCACAUGGGGUGACGCAGGCGGAGAGAAGCUGGGCCAUACUGACAAAAAGUCAAAGCUUGUACCAACUCGUGUCGAAUCGCUCGUUGAUUGUGAUUUUACUCAGGUGUCAUGUGGUAUUUCAUUAACAGCUGUGCUAACCAUAACGGGUGUUGUAUUUACCAUUGGAAGCAAGGACCAUGGGCAAUUAGGGAAUCCUCGAUCUGACACUGACAGCGCAUGUAUUUGUAUGGUUGAAGGGCCACUUAAGACUGAGUUUGUCAAAGAUAUAUCCUGCGGAAGUUCCCAUGUCGCAGUCUUGGCAAUGAAUGGAAAAGUGUUUACCUGGGGCAAAGGCACAGAAGGGCAACUUGGUUUAGGGGAUUACGUUGACAGGAGCUCCCCAACUCUAGUGGAGGCCCUGGAAGAUAAACAAGUGGACAGUAUAGUUUGUUCUUCCAAUUCCACUGCUGCAAUUUGCGUGCACGGGGAAAUCUCAAGCAAGGAUCAAUCUGUGUGCAGCAGUUGCAGGUUGGCAUUUCGGUUUACAAGGAAGAAGCACAACUGCUACAACUGUGGUUCCAUGGUCUGCAAUUCUUGCAGCAGCAACAAGGUUCAUAGGGCUGCCCUUGCACCAGACAAGAGCAAAAGAUGCCGCGUCUGUGAUGCUUGUUUCAACGAGCUGAAUAAAACAGCCGAGCACGGUAAAAUGAGCUGUGGAUCAAAGAUCCAAAAAGAACCGUCUUAUUUAGCAGAAACAAGGACAUACACACCAAAGUUAUCACGGAUGCUGAAGGAAGCAAAUUUCAUCAUGGAGAAAAUGGGUUCCUCCGCACAAAGUCCCGGCCAGAGAAAUCAGGAACCCGCCACUCCGAAUCAAAUGCAAAAGGAAAGGUGGGGACAGGUAGAAUGCCCCGAUCGAUUCAAAUGCGCAAGAGACAACAUUCCACAUCGUUUGACACCAAAGAAGCAGACAAUUGAUGAUUAUCCUAUGAGGAGAAUGGCUGAUCCAGUCUCACAAAAGACUGCUGCCCCUUUAACACAAACUACUAGUGAUAGGAGGAAAGAACAAGAUUUGAUAGAAAAGAUACUGCUGGAGGAGGUGAAACAGCUUCAAGCACAGGUAACCACGCUAGCAGAAGAAUGCCGGCACAGGAGCCUGAAAGUUCGGUUGUACAAACGGAAACUUGAGGAAACCUGGUUGAUAGUGAGGGACGAGGCCACGAAGUGCGAAGCUGCAGAAGAGAUUAUAAAGGUUUUAACGAAUCAGAGGAACGCUUUGUCAAACAAACUUUUAGAUGGUCUGGAACUAGAUGGUUCCAGUAUCGUGCCUAACCCACCCGACAAAGCUCUUGCCACCUGCAAAACCCCACCGCUAAACAGCAUCAGGGAUCAACACAACGCAGAGGCAGAGGAAGUUUUGGAUACGCGAUCCACAGCGUCUUCCAACACCGUCGCGGUGGAUGACUCAGCUGCGCAUCAGAACGGCAGAUCUAGAGCCUCCAGUAGCAGCAGAGGCUACUACGACGAUGGGGGAACAGAUAGCACAGCUGCUCCUACUGACUCCAACGGGGUCAUCGAGCAAAUUGAGCGUGGUGUGUACAUUACAGUCGUUACGUCCCCCAGCGGUAAGAAGGGAAUCAAGCGCAUCCGGUUCAGCCGGAAGCAUUUCGGGGAGGCCGAGGCACAGAAAUGGUGGGAGCGGAAUGAGAGCAGGGUAUUCGCGAAGUACGACAGCGUGGAAUACCUGGCAGCGUAAUCUCGAUAAGGAAGAUGUACAGGAGUAGCCAGUAGUUCUUUUGUCUCAGUGUCUGCCUGCAUAUUGUUCAGUAAAGUCGUAGGAUAGAUGAGAUAGAAGGGACCAUGAUAGCUUCCUUUUCCUAGCGAGGAGAUAAACUGCAUAAUACCAUGUCCUCGUUGUGGAUUAACUUAGGGCCAUAGUUGACUCGAUAACGAUUCAAUUCUACACGACUGGGGGUUUGUGUUC